AUGACAUCACGUGCAGGUCCAAGAGCUGCAGGGACUGAUGGGAGUGAUUUUAAACACAGGGAGAAAGUGGCAUCUCACUACCAAAUGAGUGCAUCAUUAAAGUCAGAGAUCAAGAAACUGACAGCUGUGCAUCUCCUCAUAUGGGUGUUGGUGGCUGCCCAAGUGACUGUCGCUCACCUCAACCUGGUGUCACAUGACCUUGUAGCAAUGCCUUACCAGUGGGAGUACCCAUACCUGCUAAGUGUGGUGCCAUCAUUGCUUGGUGCUGGAGCAUUGCCUAGAAACAACAUCAGUUAUCUUGUGAUCUCGAUGAUCAGCGCAGGGCUGUUCUCUGUGGCUCCGCUGAUUUUUGGAGCAAUGGAAAUGUUUCCAGUUGCUCAGCAGCUGUACAGGCAUGGGAAGGCUUACCGUUUUAUUUUUGGUUUUUCUGCCGUGUCGGUGAUGUACUUGCUCAUGGUGAUUGCUGUGCAGGUGCAUGCCUGGCAGAUUUAUUACAGCAAGAAACUGCUGGAUGCUUGGUUUACCACCACACAGGAGAAGAAGAAAAAAUGA